AUGCGGAUGGACAAAGCAGCCAUCCAAGCAUUAGAACUCCUCCGCAACGGGCGCCAAGCCCAACCGGGCGACAAUACGUUGUUCGCGUUAGCGAACAACACGCGGACUCCGGAGGGCCGGCGCCUGCUCACGAGGAGCGUCCUCCAGCCGAUGACGAACGAGGAGGAGAUCAACCUCCACCACGACGCGGUAGAAACUCUGUGUGGCGACGAAGACGUGUUCCGGAAGCUGAGAGAUUGGUUGAAGGAGUUCGACGGGAUCGACUUGGAGUCUAUCUCCGGCUGGGUGAGUGAAGACCAGCCCAUCGGAAUCGUGUCGAGCAGUGGUCGGCACAUGUCGGCGGCCGUGGGAGCCCAUGAGCUCUCACAAGCCGAGGGGGAUUUGAGCCGGGUCCUUGGGCUCAAAUCCUACCUCAAAAACGUCCAAGCCCUCCACCAACUUCUCCGGGCCGCCGACGUGACCGACCACUUGCUCGCGAGCGUAGCGAGCAAGACCGGCGCCGACAAGACCGGGCCGACCCUCGGCCUCCUCGCGGCGGUCCUCCAAGAAGACGCCGCCUACAGCCGUAGCGCGGCUGAGAUUGGGCACGCCCGGAUGUGGGCAAUCCGGGCGUUGCCCAACGACGCCAUCGACCUUGCCCGUGCUGAGCACAGGAGGACGCGUGAGGAGGCCGAGGCCUACUUUGCCCUGAAGCUCGCCCUGUUCCAAGGUAAGUUCGAAAUGUUUUGGCUUGUUUUCUUUUUAGUUCUUUCAAGUUCAGGGUUGUUUGCAAGCGCUGCUCUCGUUAUAUCUGUCACCAGCUGGCAGCAUUUCUGUUGA